UUUUACGUUCCCAGAAAGAAAGCACUCGAACCAACUCUGGCUUGAACUCGUCGUGUCGAAGUCGAGGCUCCGACUUCUGAAGGACGAACCUUGUUCACCAGGACUCUCUGCAUGUUCAAUCACCUCGCGCAGCUCGCUGCUUCACUUAGCCAUCCGUUGUACAACUAGUGUCAGUACAGUACAGUACCAGGUACUAUUUCAUCAAGAAGUCCGAACGUGGUGUGCCCGUUUUGUGAUACUUGUGGUAUUCAGACCCAUGGAUAUCUAAGUCAUCUAAGCCUUUACUUGCUCUGAUCAGUUGACGAUGAGUUCCGGUGGUGCUGUAGGCGGUGACUCCCGUCCGGGCGGUUUUGCUGGCAUGCCAUCACCCAAUGGCGGACAUGCUCCUGACCUUGAGGGAGCAGAUUCAACAAUGGCAUCGAUAUACUCUGUAAUUUCCUCACCGUUUGUUUUUCUUCAAGCGUACGGCUGGGUUGUAGUAGGGAUAAUCUUGGUGUGCUACCUCAUCUGGACGCGUGUUCGAGAACGUUUCUAUGAGCUGUAUGAUAGGACAAUGGAGAAGCGUGAAGCGGCCAACAUGGACCCAUCAGUGGCUGCGGCAAGGCAAGAAGCACAGGCAGCUGCCAGGGACCGCAUGCAGCGUGAUCUGGAUGAAAAGGCACAGCUUUACGCGGAAAAGCAAAAGGCCGAUGAAGAACGCAAGCGUCAGGAAAAGAUCGAGGACUGGGACCGUCACCAGCGAGGUGAAGGAUAUCGAAACCGUGUAAAGAAACCAGACGAAGCAGGUGCGCAGCCUCCCAAAGGUGCGAAGAAGCGCACGUUACGAGACUCAGACUACAACCCGCUGACAGGGGACAGCAGUGGCGGCGGCGGUGGUGGAUUCCGCCGCGCAUCUGGGCGCCAUACUUUCCGCUCGGGCGGCGGAUGAGGUUAACUCUCCACUAGCUGGUGGCGACUGCGUAUGCUGUGCGCGGUCGUCACUGCCUAGUGGUGUUCAGAGUGGUCGUUGUAGCUAUUAGCACUCAUUGCACAGUGCGCAUAUGACGUUCUGCUUCCAAAUGCCGUCAGUGGCAAAGGGCAGAAUUGAUGAAUAGCAACUCCAGCCACCGAGUGUAUCACUUUGCCUUCACCUAUGCUAUGACAAUUUAAGAAUCUGCAAGCCUGAUCAUGAGCAUUCUUUCAGUUCUUUGUGUUGCCGUUAUGUUUUUUUUACUCUUUUCCAUCGACUACUAUGACUCUGCUGUUUUUGCUUCUGUUUGGUAGCCAAGGCUGUUCGAGAUUAUUUUAACCCUGUGCAUUGUCUUGCUAUGUGUAUUGUCUCUGUACUUGCAACGCUAGUGUCCUUGUUUUUGUUUUUCGUUUGUUCUAUUUUAGUGGAUAGUUCUUGUUGGUUUUUGAAUAUGAAUUUGUCGCAUGAAGAUCAGGAAAUUGUA